AUGUGUGGCUGUACGUCCAGUACUGGGAAUAAAAAAACCAACCCUCCUAAUCAGUCAGGGGAUAGUUCAACCAAAAAAAGAAACACUUCAACAAAAAUGCCCAAACAUAUUCCCAUUCCCAAGCAGCUGGCUUCCAUAAAAGCUCUAGAGAAAGGCUCUGAUCUUGAGAAAGCGAUUGCAACAGCAGCUUUGGUUUUUGACAACGCUGCAGAUGCAGAUGGGAAACUCAGCAAGUCCGAUGCAAAACAGCUACUCGAAAGCCAGUUUAUACAUUUCAUGCAGGGUCAAGAAACCAAACCAAAAUACCAAGAAAUAAUUUCUGCUCUUGAUGAGAACAAAGAAGACAAAAUCUACUUUGAAGAUUUCAUGGUUCAGCUGCUUAGUCUCACCCUGUUGUCUGACCUUCGCCAAGAGAUCCAAAAUGUGCGAAAAACUAAGUGA